AUGAGCUCCCACGGCAACAUCGUCCAGCAAGCCCGGGGGUACUAUUACUUCACCAACGCAGCAUCUGGGGCAGAGACAGGAGUGGAGUACAGCUUCGUGUACAAGAAGAUCAUGUCCGGCAAGUUGAAGAUUCUGGUGCACCACUCCUCUCUGCCAGCUCCAAUCCCAGGGUUUCCGACGGAUGCCAGUUCCAAUUUGAUGCAGCGAGGGGAAGAAGAAGGGAAGAAUGCCGCCACGGACACAUGGCUGUUCCGCAGGUUCCACAGGAUUCGCCAGUAUAAGAAGGCAAGCUGGCGAAGCUGCGAAGAGGAUGUUGAAGCAACUCAGACAGCAUGGAAAGAUGCUAUCCUGGGCAUCUCUGCCUCUUACAGAGAUGAUCCUAACAGUCCGCAGUACAUCCAUCUGGCGGAGCAAGCCAUCCAGAAGCUCUACGGAUAUGACAUUGCAACCGUUAUGUUCAAGCCGACCCUAGCAGUGCAAGAACCCUUCCGCCCCACUUACAUCGGUGCACUGUCAUACUUCGUUGGCUACAUCCCGACGAAGGCUCGGGGCGGCAUCGAGGAGGAUAAAGGCUUUGCCGUCGCUUCCGGUGAUACCUGGUCAGAGGUUGAAUUUGAAAACAAUCAGACCAGCUGCGUGGGAGAUGUUGCAUAUUCCCAGGGCUACUACUACUUCACCAACGCAGUUUCCGAGAGCAGAACCGGGGUCGAGUACAGUUUUGUUUACAAGAAGACGUGGUAUGAGGAUGCAAGCUUCUUGAAUGAUGUGUCUUUCCUGGGACACCAGCAAUUGCUUGUCAUCAGUUCGAUGCACAACCUUGCGGAACGGUCCUGUGCCAUCAGACACAAGGCUGUCCUCAGCCGCUACCUCACGGCGAUUCUGACCCAGCAGUCCUCCAAGCCACCUGAUCUGGGUCAAAUGGGUUCUGAGAGAGCCGUUUUUGCUGCUCGUCUUGGCGACGGCAAGAAGCGCUUGAUGGUCCCGCAGGCAGGACUUGGAUCUUGCGAGCUAGGCGAGAAAUGGACCAAAGGAGUUGCUGUGGUGCUUUGCUGCGUGCACGAACUGGCAGGUGCCACAUGCACUGACUGCGACUCCGGCGAGGAGAGCGUGCUGUUGCAGCACGUUCGCUCUUCGGAAGGUGAGCUCGAACUGGAAGCUGCGUCGUCAGAAUGGUCCAAGUGGGGCUCCGACGGUUUUGGGGGACGCUGCGACGAGGAGGUUGAGGCUACGCAGACGGCAUGGAAGAAGGCAAUCUUGAGGAUCUCCGCUGCCUACCGGGAUGAUCCCAACAGUUCGACCUAUAUCCAGCUGGCUGAGGAUGCCAUCAAUGAGCUCUACGGCUAUGACAUUGGAACAGUGACCUUCAAGCCGACGCUGGCGGUCGAAGAACCCUUCCGCCCCACUUUCAUUGGUGCGCUGUCAUACUUCGUUGGCUACGCCGCUACGCAGGCGCGCGGCGGCGUCCAGGAGGACAAGGGCUUUGCCAUCGCUGCCGGUGGUUACUAUUACUUCACCAACGCAGCAUCUGGGGCAGAGACAGGAGUGGAGUACAGUUUCGUGUACAAGAAGACCAUGUCCGGCAAGUUGAAGAUUCUUGUGCACCACUCCUCUCUGCCAGCUCCAAUCCCAGGGUUUCCGACGGAUGCCAGUUCCAAUUUGAUGCAGGGAGGGGAAGAAGUGGAAGGGAAGAAUGCCGCCACGGGCGGAUGGCUGUUCCGCAGGUUCCACAGGAUUCGCCAGUAUAAGAAGGCAGGCUACAGGAUUCGCCAGUAUAAGAAGGCAGGCUGGCGAAGCUGCGAAGAGGAUGUUGAAGCAACUCAGACAGCAUGGAAAGAUGCUAUCCUGAGCAUCUCUGCCUCUUAUAGAGAUGAUCCUAACAGUCCGCAGUACAUCCAUCUGGCGGAGCAAGCCAUCCAGAAGCUCUACGGAUAUGACAUUGCAACUGUUAUGUUCAAGCCGACCCUGGCAGUGCAAGAACCCUUCCGCCCCACUUACAUCGGUGCUCUGUCAUACUUCGUUGGCUACAUCCCGACGAAAGCUCGGGGCGGCAUCGAGGAGGAUAAGGGCUUUGCCAUCGCUGCCGGUGAUACCUGGUCAGAGGUUGAAUUUGAAAAUAAUCAGACCAGUUGCGUGGGAGAUGUUGCAUAUUCCCAGGGCUACUACUACUUCACCAACGCAGUUUCCGAGAGCAGAACCGGGGUCGAGUACAGUUUUGUUUACAAGAAGACGUGGUGGGGCUUGAAAAUCAUUGUCCACCACUCCUCACUGCCAGCCUCAGCUGGUCGAUGA